AUGAGUGCCAUCGAUGAUCCGACAGGCGAAUAUGCCUUCCUCGCGAAACUCGUCCCGCGCAUGGACCGACAUCUCAUCUUUCCCCUCCUCGAACAUCAACUCGGCGAGGAAGACAUCUCACAGCAACGAUACGACGAUCUCAAACUCGCCGAAUUCAAUCUCCUCAAGAACACCAACAUGAUAGAUUAUGUUGGCAACCUGUACAAAGAGAUCAACAAGACCGACUCCACACCUGCAGAGUACGCAAAGAAGCGUGAAGAAGUCCUCAGUAAAUUGUCGACGUUCGAAGAAGAAUCCGCCCACCUCACAAACCUCCUCAGUGAUGAAAAUGUCACCUCCCAACUCCGAAGUGACAAAGUAGCCAAUUUGAAAUUCCUCGAAGAGUCACAUGGUGUCACACAGCAGAUGGUGGAUAAUCUAUACGACUUUGGCCGCUUCCGGUAUGAAUGUGGUCUUUACCCAGAGGCCGCCGAUUUACUUUACCGGUUCCGAGUCCUGUCUACCGACAAUGACAAAGUCGUCAAGGCCACAUGGGGAAAACUCGUUUGUGAGAUCUUGGGCGAAGAAUGGGAGAAUGCCUUGGAAGAGGUGGAGAAAGUCAAGGAACACAUUGAGACACGACUGUUCAACAACCCACGAGCACAGUUGACGGCCAGAGAAUCUUUGGUCCACUAUGCAUUGUUCCCAUUCUUCAACUACGAUCCUGCUCGUGAAAAGCUUACUGAGCUCUUCUUCUCCCCUGCCUAUAUUUCUUCGAUUCAGACCGUGUGCCCUUGGAUCCUACGAUAUCUCUCAGCUGCUGUCAUCACCAACCGAGCCCGCCUCAACAACUCACACAACUACCAGAAACAACUCAAAGAUCUCGUUAGAGUGGUAAAGCAGGAGGUCUAUGAGUACCAGGACCCCGUCACCGAGUUCGUGAAAGCACUCUAUGUCGAUUUUGAUUUUGAAGGCGCACAGAAGAAACUCAGCGAAGCAGAAGGUAUCCUUAGAGGAGACUUCUUUCUAGGAUCAAGUGCAGACGCCUUUAUGGAUUCCGCCCGUCAUCUUAUUUCCGAACUCUACUGCAAGAUCCACCAGAGGAUCGAUAUUGGGGAUCUAUCUACGCGUCUAGGUCUUUCAUCGUCUGAGGGCGAGAAAUGGAUCGUCAACCUCAUCCGUGACACCAAAGUCGACGCCAAGAUCGAUUACCAGGCUGGCACGGUCGUUAUGAAUCAUCCACCUCAAUCAGUAUACCAGCAGGUGAUUGAGAAGACCAAGGGCGGCUUCUUCCGAACGCAAGUUUUGAGCGCCGCUGUUGCUAAAUAG